AUGUCAACUUUUUUCGACGAAAUAAAGCGCUCUUUUACUGAGGUUUUGAUUGAUUCAUCCAAUAACAUUUCUACGCCUGAUUUUCUAGAAGCUGCAGAAGGUUUGGUGAAAUUGUUUGAUUUAUUGGGUAAUGCUGCAUUUUCCGUUGUCCAAAAGGACUUGAAUGGCAAUAUUACCAAGGUUCGCAAUAGAUUAAAGUCGCAUCCUUCUGAAUCAUUAAGCUUACAGGAAUUGGUUUUAAACGAAUCCAACCAAGGUAAGAAAACAGCGUCAGAAGGAUUGCUAUGGUUAACAAGAGGACUCCAAUUCACAGCUCAGGCAAUCAGGGAAACUGUUGAUCAUCCAGAGUUGGAAAUGACUAAAACUUUCACCGAUGCUUAUGGUAAAACUUUGGUGCAAUAUCACGGUAUGUUGGUAAGACCGAUAUUCAAAUUGACAAUGAAGGCAUGUCCAUAUAGGAAGGAUUUCUUUGCUAAGCUGGGUUCAGACCAGGAGAAAGUCAAUAAGCAACUCAAAGAUUGGUUGGAGGCUUUGGAAAAUAUUGUGUCAAUUUUAAUGAAAUUUUUGAGCGAGAGGUGCAAACAUUUGUAG